UGAAGUAUUCAAAAGUGGAUUCAGGGGUUUAAGCGAAACUUCAAGCCGUCUCUCAGCCAUGUCCACCAGGUACGCCUCUCUUUCAAUCUCCAUCUACACUUAAAUAUGUAUCUAUACGCGACUCCAUUUGUAUGUAUAUACCCAGGCCAAUGCGAGCAUUCAAGCGCUGGAUGAAGCUCCACGGCAUCAACUACAUCGACGCGCUCCGAUUCAUCCAGAACGAAGAAAACGACGCCGUUUGGGUCAAGACGGUGGCGGAUUUACACCAGGGUGACCUGGUGGCUACGAUUCCUAAACAGAGCUGUUUGACGAUGAAGACAUCAGGUGCGCGGCACGUGAUCGAGGAGGCUGGGCUUGAUGGCUAUUUGGGCCUUUCGGUGGCCUUGAUGUAUGAGAAGAGCUUGGGCCCUGAUUCUCCGUGGUUUGCGUAUCUUCAGCUGAUGCCGCAGUUUGAGCCCAUUCCGUUGCUUUGGUCUUUUGAUGAACUUGAUUUGUUUCUCUCCGGAACUGAGCUCCACAAGAUAGUUAAAGAGGACAGAGCUCUGAUUAAUGAAGAUUGGAAAGAAUGCAUUUCGCCUCUGUUUGAUUCAGCAACGGGUGUUAAAUUGAAUCCAGAUGAUUUUAGUGUUGAACAAUAUCUUAUGGCUAAGAGUCUGAUUGCUUCUCGGUCUUUUGAGAUUGAUGAUUAUCAUGGUUUCGGGAUGGUUCCAUUGGCUGACUUGUUUAAUCAUAAAACAGAUGCUGAAGAUGUACACUUCACCUCUGUAGCAUCUCAUUCCGACUCUGAAGAGGAUUCUGAAAUUAGUGAUGAUUCUGAAAAAAGUGGCAAUGAUUCUCAAAUAAGCAACAAUGGUUCUGAUAAAAAGAACACAUAUGAGAGUAAUAUCAAUGACGUUGGGAGCGAAUUAAAUAAUUCAGAUGACCCUGCGGUCCUGCAGAUGAUAAUUGUGAAAGAGGUGGAAGCAGGAGCUGAGGUGUUCAAUACAUAUGGUUCCAUGGGUAAUGCUGCAUUGCUACACCGAUAUGGAUUCACAGAGCCUGAAAACCCAUAUGACAUAGUGAACAUAGACCUUGAACUGGUUCUCCGUUGGAGUUCAUCCUUGUAUUCUUCUCGUUAUAGUAGGAGUAGGGUUGCAUUUUGGAAGAAACUUGAUUACUCGGGAUGUCUUGCCCAAAACUCUGAGUAUUUUGAAAUAUCAUCUGAUGGGAAACCUGAAAUAGAGCUGCUUGUUCUACUUUUUGUAAUGUCAUUGUCUGAGGACGAUUAUGGUGAUUUAAGUCUUCAAUUAUCAUCUCCAGGUGCCUGUAACAAGUUGACAGGUACUGUUUUAUCGAAGAAAGUGCAUGUCAUUUUGGAAAAAGGUAAAGAAAUGAGCAAAAAUGCUUUGCUGACAAAUGCUGUGAGAAGUGCUCUUAUAGAGGUUGCAGAUUUGCGAGAUAGGUUAUAUGGUUCGAGAUCACUAGAAGAUGACAUCAAGGAACUUAGUGAGUGUUGUUUUGUUAAGGAGAGGAAGUUGUACCAUUCUUUAGUGCUCCGUAUAAGUGAGCGUAGGAUUCUUCAGAAACUGAGAGCUUAUGCUUCUAGCGGUUUGUUAAGAAAUUGUGCGAGAGGCACUAAGACUAAGAAACUAAAAGUGAUAUGAAUUGUUUGGUAAUGCUAUGUUCUUGCAAGAUGUAGUUUCUCCAUCUGCAACUGUUCUACUGAAGAGUUGCAACAAUUGCCGAGAAAGUCUUCUGGUAAAAUUAAUUUGACUCGCCUUCUGUAGACUUUGUAUGCUGGUGUCGGUCAAGCAAGGUACAAGUGUUGCAGUUCUGGAACAAAAUUUUGUUGGUACAUGUUUUUUGUAUGAUACAGCAUUUGUGCCUUACGCAACUUUGUAUUGUUUUUCAAUUUACUUUCAAAGUAGAAAGAUUUAUAUUACCUUAAA